AUGUCUACUUACUCCUACGAGAACGUCGUCCCAAGCUUCAGAUUGGAUGGCAGAUUGGCUAUCAUCACCGGAGGAUCCGGAGGUAUGAGUGCGGUGAUUUCCAGAGCCCUUUUGGCCCAGGGUGCUGAUGUCGCAUUGGUGGAUAUCAACUUGGAGAGAACGAAGGCUGCUGCUAAGGAGGUGGCUGCAUGGGCCGUGGAGACCUUAAAGGGUGCCCAUGAGUCUCCUAUUGGCCAGGUGUCUGCCUGGUCUAGCAACAUUGGCGAUGCUGAGUCCGUCGACACCGUCUUCGCUGCCAUUAAUGAGCAUCACGGAAAGAUCGCAGACUUGUUGAUUAACACCGCUGGUUACUGUGAGAACUUCCCUGCCGAGCAAUACCCCGCACAGAACGCAGAGGGGAUCAUGAAGGUGAACGGAUUGGGAGCAUUCUACGUGUCGCAGGCAUUUGCCAGACCAUUGAUCCAGAACAACUUGAGAGGCUCCAUCAUUUUGAUCGGAUCCAUGUCAGGAACCAUCGUCAACGACCCACAGCCUCAGUGCAUGUACAACAUGUCCAAGGCUGGUGUGAUUCACCUCGUUAGAUCUUUGGCCUGUGAAUGGGCCAAGUACAACAUUAGAGUGAACACCUUGUCUCCAGGUUACAUCCUUACUCCAUUGACCAGAAACGUCAUUGCUGGACACAGUGAGAUGAAGGAUGCAUGGGAGAGCAAGAUUCCAAUGAAGAGAAUGGCUGACCCUAAGGAAUUUGUGGGUUCCAUUCUUUACUUGGCCUCUGAGUCAGCCUCUUCAUACACCACAGGUCACAACUUGGUUGUGGAUGGUGGCUACGAGUGCUGGUAA